UUUUUCGUUAUACACCUGGCCCAUAUUUUGCAACCUUUGCUUGCCUCGCCGUCUCUCUCUCUGUCUCUCUCUCUCCCCCUCGUCGCCGGACACAUUGAAGCAGGUCGUCGAGGCGUCGGUUCCCAGCCGCCCCCGAGGGGGAACCGCAGGGAACACCUGCGAGAUGUCCGAGUACCAAAAUGUCGUUGGGGGGAGGCUGAAGCUGAAGGGGAAAGCGCUGGAUGUCAAGGAAGGUGGAGUCAAGAAAAAGAAGAAGAAGAAGCAGCACCGUGAGGAGUCGUCUCAGAUUGGGCAUGAUGAACUUAAUGAAGGUGGAAACUCUGAAUUGCCAACCGAUCCUAACAGUGAGCUGACUGAAGCGGACAAGAUGGGAGAGGAGGAAGGGAACCCACAUCCUGAUUACGACCACCUCACACCAGCCGAGAGACGCUACAUGGAACAGAAGCAGAAGAUUGACAUGCAGAAGUUGGCCAAAGUUGCCAACAAAUCACACAGGGACCGGAUCCAGGACUUCAACCAGUACUUGGCAAACCUUAGCGAGCAUUACGACAUCCCAAAAGUUGGUCCCGGCUAACAUGGCGAAAGUGCAGUGCUUCACAGAAACAGUUGUAUGCUUGGCUUGUUAAGUCUGUUUCAUGUUAUGCGUUAUCAGUAUGUUGUAAAAUUGUGGAAACUAUUUUAUUUCAAAACCAUGUUCCAAACGUUGCAAUAUAUUUCCUUUUGAAACAAGCAUUGGCCAAUUUGAGUC